AUGGCCGAGGUCCUCGUCUUCAGCGACGAAUUCAACAGCAAAUGGAGGGAUUUUCGGCCAGGAAAAGACGCCAGGUGGCAGGCCAUCGAUCUCAUGUACGUCAACAAUGAUGCCGCGAUGUUCCGCAGCAGUGCGGUCAAAGUUCAAGGUGGCUCAGCCGUCAUCACGGCCUCCAAAACCUCCUCUAGCGGACCUUUCAGCGCGCCCUGGGGCGACCAGCUGGCCACCGCUAAGUACACCAGCGGCAUGUUGCAAGGCUGGAACAAGUUCUGUUUCACCGGCGGCUACCUGGAGGCCAGGAUAAAGCUGCCCGGGGACGACCAGCACGGAGGGCUGUGGCCGGCAGUAUUCACAUUGGGAAACCUUGGAAGGGCAGGAUACCUGCGGAGUACGGAAGGCAUUUGGCCAUUCAGUUACGACAUCUGCGAUGACAACGCGCUGUACAAACAGAACUGGACGGACCACAACGGUCAACGGAUUAACCGCUGCAACAGUACCCAGGGUCGCGGUGCCCCGGAGAUUGAUUUGCUGGAGGUGGGAGUGUGGGAGUCCUCCAAGCCCGAGCUGUCCACCAGUCUGCAGGUGGCCCCCGUGCUGCCCCAGGGCCUCCACUGGCUGGACAACCAGGGGGGUGUGUACUACCCCACGUAUGCGGAUCCCACCUUGUACAGCGUGCCCAAUGGUUGGGCGGGUGUCAACUCGUACAUGCAGAACGCCACCACCUUCCGACCCCGGCCCGGUAGCAAACUAGCGGAUGCCAUGUCGGCCACACACAAACUAAACGCCUCCCAUUUUACGGACUUUUAUGUGUACGGACUGGACUGGGCGCCGCGGAAGUACAUACGGUGGUACAUCAACGACAUCCUGAUAUAUGAGCUGAAUGCCCUGGCGCUCAAAGGGGGCACCAACUCCGCCAACGAGAGUGUCGGCGACCGCCUCAUCCCCGUGGAGCCGCAGUACAUCAACAUCAACGUCGCCAUGAGCGACUCCUUCGCACCCAUACACCCGGACCUACAGCUGCCGGCGUCAAUGAUGAUUGACUAUGUACGGGUGUACCAGGCGCGAGAUGAGAUCAAUGUGGGUUGCGACACGCCCGAAUUCCCCUCCCAGGCGUAUAUCGACUCGCAUUUGAGCGACUACAAGAUCGAUCUGGCCGGCUUUGACGACUUUGUUGGCAACAGCAGCGUCAUGGGCCCCACUAUGGAGCCACCUCCGCCAGACUACACGGCCGUCAUUGUCGCGGUGUGCUGCUCGGUGGGCGGCGCACUGCUGCUGGCGGGCGGAGUGGGCUGGUGGAUUUGGCGGCGGCGGAAGAGGGCACAGGCAAAGGCUCUGCUGGAAGCGACCGACCCGGCAGCGGCAGCCGCGGCGGCGGCGGCGGCGGCGGAGAAGCGGCGGCGGGAGGAGGAGGAGAAGCGGCUACGAGACGAGGCGACGCCGGGGUGGCGGCGCUGGUGGGUACGAUUGGCGGUGACGAUCUGGCGGGGCUCCCCCGGCGUCAAUGCACGACAUGCGCUGGCGCCGCCCAUGUGGAACGUGCAGGUGGCGCCCUCGCCAGAGGCAGCGGCGGCGGCGGCGAUGGCGACACCAGUGGCGUCAGCGUCAGUGGUCGUAUUUCAGUCCUUGCCGCCGCCGUCGCCGCAGCGAGUGUCGGUGCCGUACCCGUCCGCAGCGUCAGCGGCGCCGCAGCGGCUGUCGACACCCACCAUGACUCCGCAAUCGCCACAGCGGCCGUCGGCAUCGUAUCCAUCGGCGUCGGCGCAGCCACCGGUGUCGUACUCGUCCGUUCCGGCCUCACCACAGCGGCGUCUAUCGUCGUCGUCGUACCCUUCCGUAACGGUGGCUCCGCUGCCACGUAUGUCGGCGUCCUCUGUGCCGCCGCCAUCGCCGCCGCGACCGACGGCGUCGUACUCAACGGCUGCAACAGCGGCGCCAACAGCCCCUUACUUCUCCGUGCCGUCGUCACCCCGGCAGCCAUCCGUGUCGUACUCGUCCGCGCCGGUGGCACUGCCGCAGCGGCCGUCAACUUCGUCGUUGCCGCCACCAUCGCCACCCCGUACGGCGGCGUCGUACUCGUCUGCGACGGCACCUCCCCUUGCGUUGUACCCCCCUGUACCGCCAUCACCGCGGGGGCCGGCAGCGUGGUACACGUCUACGGCGGCGCCGCCGUCGUCGCCGCCGCGGCGGUCGCAAUAG